AUGUCUUGCAUGUGUUCCUCCAGCGUCCAGUAUUUUAGAGAUUUUAUUUUGUUAAGUAAUCGUGUUCGAAAUUAUUUCCACACCGCCAACGCCGCAAGCCACACUACAAUGGAUAAACCAACCAAGGAAGAAACGGCGCACAAAUCGGACAAUCGAUCAACACCACUGGGUCGCACCGGUAAGAUGAUGUGUCGACCGGGAAAACAGACGCGCAAUCCGUAUUUGAACUUUUUGCGCGACUAUCGACGCAAUAAUUGUCACCUGUCGGCGGUGGACGUUGUACGCCACGGUGCGGAAGAGUGGCGUCGGAUGACGGACGAACAGAAGCUACCGUACGUGAAGAUUGCGUUCUACACACCGUUGAAACGUCGUCGAUGCCCGACCUGUUCCGGGAUGCCUGCACGGAUGAAGCGGUCCGCUAUGCGUGCGGUCGCUCGCAGGAAAGCGAUGAACCGAGUUCGUGUUAAGAAGGAACAAUAA